GAGAGCAGCUUCGGCUCAGGAGCCAUGGCUCCUUUUUGGAUUAACCGGGAGAAACACACGCUGAUCCUCGGCAUCUCCGAAGUGCUGGAUGACCGUUAUGCUGCUGAUUUACCUGUGACGAGGAGAAUCCUGAAACUCUCUGUCACCAACAAGAUGAUGGGUCCUCUGAGUCGCACUAGCCUCCUCUCCUUGAAAGACUCCAUCCUGAGCCUGUAUCACAACCUCUGCACAGGCUCCAAGGAAUACCCCAUUAUUCCUUAUGCUGGAGUUUCCCACACAGCUCAGAGGAGCUCUUUUGUCAUAGAGGAGGACGUGGAGAGCAUUACACUGUCCACCAUCUUCACUCCAGUCAUUCCUAGGUGGUUGCAGCAGGGAUGGCUGAGGGUGGAACGCAGGAACCGUGUCCAACACAUAGUGGUGGACGGGAAGCCUGUGACCAGAGUCAUCUCUCCCGUCUUCCUCUCUGACGGCUCUGAGAGGAGAAACUGCUGGAGAGUGAGUGACUACGGUGCAAAUGGACACAUGAUCGUGUCCGUUCUGUGCAAGUUUACCGCAAAGUCUGCAAACUACGCAGAGGCUCGGAGGACGAGGUCACAUCAUGAGAACAAUGAUGUAGACUCAGGAUCAGAGAUGAGACCACAGCUGCAGCACCACCCUCUGGACACCCGAGCAGCUGCAGCGCCCCCUCCUGGAGCUCCAAUCCUGUCCUCCCCCCCGCCUCAACCUACAUCCCUGCACCCGUACCAGAGAGAGGUGAAACAGCAGCACUACUGCUCUGAGGAGCAACAUGGUCAUGAGCCAUCACCACAGUAUUCAUGA